GAAACUGGUAUCAUACGUAUAUAUAUUUGUACCAUAUAUUUUAUUUGCAAGGAAUACACAACAAUGUCAGGAACAUUUUUAGUAUUUGCUAAACACAGAUCAACAUAUAGAUGUAUACAACAAUGUUGUAUUCCAUAUUUGUAUAAAAAUGUUAAAGACAUGAAUGUACAUAGUGCAAUGCAAUACUGCACUUCUAUAAAAGAGGAAAAUAAGCAUUUAAAUAAGGUAAAAGACUUUGAAUAUGAGGAUACGAUAAACACAAAUAACUUAGAUAUAAAUACUAAAUCAGGAAACAUAAAAGGGCAAUAUAUCGAUGAUCUGCCCAAUGAUAUACAUAAUAAGGAAAAUAUUAAUAGUUUCACAUCCAAUAAAAUAUUAAAGGAUGAUAUUCUAAUAUCUAAAAAACUGAAACGGUUGUACCAAGUACCAAAAAAUUCCUUGCUGGAAAUUUACAGGAUGGUGUGUCAAGAACUAAAUGAUCAAACACUUUUAACUUCAAGUUACAAGCAAAAUCAUACUUCACAAUUAUGGGAGUUUACUUAUAAUAUCAAGUGGCCAGAAACCAUGUCUUUCACAGCAGUUAGUAGGACAAAGUCAUUAGCUGACAAAACUGCAGCUUUGAAAUGUUUAGAGUGGUUGGAAGUAAAUCGCAAGUUAAAAAACGGCGUACCGAUUAUAUACAGUAAGGAACAGAUAAGGAAUGUGCUAUUAAAGCGCUACGAAUUAAGAGUUGCCCCUGAAAUUUUGGAUAGCAUGGAAAACUUGAUUGAGACUUACAAAAUGAAAAUAAAAAUCCCGGCCGAUUCUCCUACUUUUUCGUACAACGUGCGCACAAUUGUGCCUGGCUACAAUGCUUUUGGACAUCCUGACGUAAAUGUGAAAAGAGUUCAAUAUCGCAACCGACUAUUGCAGAGUAGAUUGGCAGAGAGAUGCGUACGGAAUAGUGAUCUACCGAUCUUCGAAUUUAGGGACAAGAUUCUUUCCAUGUUAGAAAAUAAUCGAAUUCUAUUGAUUGAAGGAGAUACAGGAUGCGGCAAAAGUACCCAAGUUCCUCAGUUUAUAUUGGAUAGUUAUACGCGUAAUGGAAACGCCACCGAUUGCAAUAUCUUGGUGUCGCAACCGCGUAGGAUCUCGGCGAUCUCUUUAGGAGAUCGUGUUGCGUAUGAGAGAAGAGAGAUCCUGAAAGAUGUCGUUGGUUACCAAGUGAGACUGGAGAAUCAAACACCGCAGGAGCUCGGCAGGAUAGUCUAUUGCACCACGGGUAUACUGCUGAAGAAGUUGCAGUGCUCUCCUGGUUUAGAAGGAUGCUCGCAUGUAAUCUUGGACGAAGCGCAUGAACGUUCUAUCGACACCGACAUGUUGAUGAUUCUGCUGAAGAGAGCACUCGAUCUAAAUCCCGACUUGAAGAUUCUGGUCAUGUCGGCGACCAUAAACUCACAUUUGUUUCAAGAGUACUUUGAUUGCCCCGUCAUCAAAGUACCCGGCAGACUAUAUCCCGUGGAAAUGAACUUUCUGGAGGACAUAGAAAACCUGCCAGAUUUCGACAAGUACAAACCGUAUUUGCGUCAAGUCAAUGACAACAAGGAAUCGAUCUUGGUCGAUUACGUGAAAAUAAUACAGACAAUAAAAUGGAUUUCCGCGAACAAACCGCGCGGUACUAUCUUGUGUUUCCUACCAGGAUGGACUGAAAUUUCGCAAGUGCAGAGAAUGCUCGAGGACGACCCAAUCUCUUGUUAUAAACAAUUGCUCUUGCCACUUCAUUCGAAGAAGUCGCACAAAAUACAACGGAGGAUUUUUCAGGAAGUAGCCGACGACACGCGCAAGAUUAUUUUGGCGACGGAUAUCGCCGAAACUGGUAUCACCAUACCCGACGUGCGUUACGUCGUGGAUACCGCUAUACGAAGAGAGAUACGAUGGGACGAUACGCAAGAUUUACUGCGUGUGAGCAACGAAUGGAUCACCCAGGCGAACAUUAAACAGAGGAAAGGAAGAGCUGGCCGAGUUCAAUCAGGUAUUAGUUAUCAUUUGAUCAAAAGAUCAAAAUACGACGAUUUAAAAAAGUAUCCGAUUGCACAGAUAUUGUCUAGUUCGUUAGAAAAGAUAAUCCUCGAGAGUAAAACGUACAUAAACGAAAAGGCGGAGGUCUUUUUUAGCGAUUUUCUGGAACCGCCUGCUCCGAGCAGAGUACAGAAAGGGGUGAACUAUCUGAUAGAACUCGGAGCUCUGGACAACGAGGAAAAUCUCACAGCUCUGGGCAAACGAAUGAUAAUAUUCUCGGCACAUCCCAAGUUCAGUAAAGCAUUGGUGUACUCCACUAUUUUCAAAUGCAUACAUCCUGUUGUAACUAUAACCAGCAUCUUCUCCGGUGAAAACACUCUUUUCUCUGAUAUGUUGAGCGACAAGUCCAAAAUGAGGACGAAUAAAGCGACGUAUCACCCGUCGAGCGACCACGUUGCAAUGUCGUGGAUCUUCAAAACGUGGUACGCGCACAAUUCAGUGACAUCGCGUUUUGCACAGAAUUUCUGUACCGAAAUGGAUCUUCGACAUAAGAGAAUGAAGGUGUUAUCCUCGUUACGGGAGUUAUUUGUUCAACAGAUGAUCACGUGUCGCCUGUUGAGCAGUGAUAACACGCACAAUUACAACGCCGCCGACGAUGUUGCGAAUAAGUACGAGAAUAACGACGAGCUAGUUCGAGCUAUACUGUAUGCUGCCACGCAGCAGUUGAUCGAGCAUAAGAAUGUAGGAUUUAAGAAAGGAAUUGUGAGGACAGGCUUAAACGAGUUGCGAGUGCGAGGCAUGAAAGUCAUCAUUUCGGGGGAUAGUGUCAAUUACAAGCGCAAGGCUUGGCCGAGCCCGUACUUGACAUAUUUCUACAGUGAACACUGUAACAUGAGGCAACGCAUGGUGAUUCGCGAGACGAGCAUGGUGUCACCUCUGACAGUGUUACUUUUUAAUCAGAAGAAAAUUCAAUGUCACAAGCGAGACGACAGGACAGAACUGGAAAUCGAUAUUAAUAAACAGCAUACUAUCAACUUUUCUUGCGACAAAAGAACCGCUGAUACCCUCUUAAAAUUUAGAGACCUUAUGUGGUUUAUGGUACAGCAUUCGUUGGAGAAGCAGGGAGUCGAGUACGAUGAUUAUGGAUCGAGACUAAUGUCAUCAUAUAAAGAUCAACUAUUCGAGACUGUCGUGAAGGCUCUGAAUAAUUCGUCCGAAUGUAUAGAAGACAUGACGAGACUAGACAAUGACGAGACUAGACAAUGACUCAAAGACAAUGACGAGACUAGUGUAUAAUAAACUACGUUCUAAUAAUAAUCCUCAUAUUUUAUAUGAAACUUA